UCGAUGCACUGAAUUGCGAGGGAUUCCGCAGAUCGGCAAACUUUGGAUCGCAUCUACGCGACGAGCGCAGACCAGGCGCAUUGAUCUCACUUAGGUGCUCUGUGGCGUUGCUGUCCGGUUUCGUCAAUCAAUGCGUCUCGUGGAGUCUGGAGUAGUAGUUAGCCCUUUUUUUUUUUUUUUUUAUGUCUAGUUUCAUGAGGAUUUGGUUUUGUGGGUUGUUGUUGUUGUUGUUGCGGGGAGCUGCGUGGCGCAUUUAGUUCGUCGGGAGAUUGCGGCCCUGCUCGCCACCCAGUCGUGUGUAGUUCGGAUUCAGAGAGUAAGCUGACUGCCGUGUUACGACUCGUGGCGACUCAAAGUACUCCUCGAAUAGACCGAAGACUGCCAUUGUCCUAGCUCCUACCGGACCGUGAAGACGAAGCCAUCUCAAGACUGAUGGUAGCCGCGAUGAUUAAGCCACGAGAGGAGGUUGCCGAGGAGGUGGCUUGGGGGAAAUAGGUAGGGCGGACAAUCCGGGUAGCUCAUGUUAUUCGGCGAUAGUUUGGAUGUUGUACUUGAUUUUCUUUCAUGAAGACCGAAAAUGAAGAGUCGCUGCAGAAGAGCGCAAAGAUUUGCCGGUUCGUGCAGGAUAGUUUGGAUAGACGUGUGCUGGAGUAGGGGUUCCUAUUCUCUGUGACCUUGUGGAUUCAGGUUUACCUUGUGGUUUUGAGAACAGACAAUGAGUCCACAGAAUGCACCGAAGCCCUAGGUCAAAAGUUUGGCUCUCAAGGUUUACAACGUAAAUUUCAUUCAGCUGUGUCUUCCUCCGAAAUAUUUAAUCAACACAAUGCGGGUCGGAAUGGGAGCGCUGGCGUUCUCACUUGUUGCGUGCUUGCUGGUUUGUAUUUCUCGUCUACCCCCGGUGGCCGCCCAAGGACCAUGGGCUGUACGCAUCGCCUGUGGGGCUACUGCUGACACACAUGGUGCAAAUGGGUUUCUUUGGUCGAAAGAUCGGGACUACUCAGGUGGUAGCGCUGCCAGCGUUGCUUUAAAUAACCACAAAGCUCCCCAGCUCAAUACACUGAGAUACUUCUCGGUGUCAGAUGGUGGAGAGAACUGCUACAAUAUUACGGUUCCAGUCGGACAUUAUCUGAUCAGGCUGUAUUUCACUUAUGGACAGGAGGAUAAUGCCGGUCAUGAACCGCAAUUCGAUGUUUCCAUAGAAGGCACCCUCGUAUAUAGCUUACUGCCAGGAUGGAGCUCAGACGAUAACAAUUAUCGAGAUUCUUUGGCAUUUGUGAAUGACGGAGCUGCCACUAUAUGCUUUCACAGCUCUGGGCACGGAAACCCAGCCGUAGCCUCCAUUGAAGUGUUGCAGAUCUUUAACCAGGCGUAUAACAGAGGAUUCAAUGCUAGCGAAGAGUUUAUUAUGCGUACUGUGAAGAGAGUAAGCGCAGGAGCAGAGAAAUCUGGGUUUGGGUCCGAUUUUUUGGCAGAUCCAUGGGGAGGCGACCGAUACUGGGAGAGUGACAUUAGCCUCUUUCUUCCAGGCUCAGCUGUGAAACCCGUUUCCGCCAAUGUCACCAUCAAUAAUACUGCAGUGUACCCAAAUAUAUAUCCACAGGCUAUUUUUCAAACUGCUACAUCCGCUAACCCUGGUCAGAGUCUUUCAUAUACGCUACCCGUGGAGUCAAACUUGCAGUACUCCAUAUGGUUCUACUUUGCAGAACUGGCGACUUUUGUGGAACCAGGCGAUCGGAUAUUCGAUAUUUUGGUUAACGAUCAGCCAGUAUUCCCUAAUGUGGAUGUUAUUGCGCGGGCUGGAGGUGUUUUUAGCGCUCUGAUUCUAAACACGACAAUGUUAGUUCCGGGCAAAACCCUGACAGUUACCUUCAACCCCAGGAAUGGGAACAUUGCCGUGAAUGCCUUCGAGGUGUAUGCGCUUGUCCCAACUGAGGCUCAAACUGUGAACACAAACUUGUGGGCGUUGCAACAGCUAAAACAGUCUUUAAAUAUACCUGUCCGUAUGGGUUGGAAUGGAGACCCAUGUGUGCCGCAAUUACACCCGUGGUAUGGAGUGGACUGCAAGCGUGAUACCGCCACAGGCUUGUGGAUGAUUGAUGGGCUGGAUCUUAGUUCUCAAGGGCUGCGGGGCUUCCUUGGAGAACAGAUUGGCUCUUUAACCGGACUGCUGAACUUGAACCUGAGUCACAACUUGUUGCAAGGGCAAAUCCCUUCAUCGGUUGGCCACCUGGAAUCUCUCUUGACGAUGGAUCUAUCUUACAACCAAGUGAGUGGAUCAAUACCUGCAAGUCUUGGCAACCUCACCAAACUCCAAAAGUUGUUCUUGAACAAUAAUCUAUUAAGUGGAGAAGUGCCCCACAAUCUGAUUGCCGGCUCUCUGCAGGGAGCUAAUCUUGACAUUUCCGACAAUAAGGAUCUAUGUGGUGUUGGUAUUAGACCAUGUAGUCAGCAUGAUCAUGGCACCAAAGCAGGCGUUGUUGUUGGCGUGCUGCUGGGAUCUCUUCUAGCAGUACUGGUGGGAUAUAUUUUCUAUAAAAGAAGACAAAAUACUGCUCGGGCACAGAGGCUUCCUCGUGAUGCGCCCUAUGCCAAGGCAAGAACGACGUUCGUAAGGGACGUCCAAAUGGCCAGGACAGUCUUAACUGGGCACUUCAAACCUGUCUACCGUGACCCAACACCAGCAUCAGGCCAAGCCAACCCUUUACUGUGAUUGUGAUCACUCGACAUGUAAACACCUUUGCUAAGUUGGGUUUACAGCUUAUCGUUUGAGUUCGACAAUUUGCAUCUGAAAACCUUCAGAUCCGCGACGAUAAGUCACUCAGAGCCAGACUUUGACGAUGAGAUUUCCCUCCCCACGUAGUCUUUAAAUGAGAUAGCUGCUGCACAGAUGAACUGAGUUGAAGUAGACAGCUUCCAGUUCUUUGUUGAAUUCAUCGCUCAAAGAGUUCCACAGACACUUUGUUCAUCAUCCAUAGUUAGGUUAGAGCCUCUCCCAUUCCCAGUGUGGCUUUUGCUGAUAAGGGACAUGUUAUGUUUGGUACUCUUCAGCUAUUGAAGCCCGAAGGAAAAAGGAAUAAUAGCUCGUUCCAGAAAAAUCGAUUUAAUCAAAAUUGUCUUUUUCUCAAUUUUCAUUUAUUAAA